GCAGCUCCCGCGCCCCGUUUCUCCGCGGCCCCCGCUCUCCGCCCCCUUCCCGCUCGCACUUCCCACGCCCCCUCUUCGUGUUCCUCUCCUCCCCUGGCCGCCCAGCCCAGGGCUCCAGCCGCUCUCCGGAGGAGGCGUGAAUCGCGCAGGAAUAUUGACUAAUUUGGGGUGGGGUGGGGGGACGGUGGGCGAUGGAGCAGCCCGAGGACAUGGCGUCGCUCAGCGAGUUCGACUCCUUGGCGGGCAGCAUCCCGGCUACCAAGGUGGAGAUCACCGUGUCGUGCAGGAACCUCUUGGACAAAGACAUGUUUUCCAAGUCUGACCCACUGUGUGUCAUGUACACUCAAGGGAUGGAGAACAAGCAAUGGAGGGAGUUCGGACGCACCGAGGUCAUCGAUAACACGCUCAACCCAGACUUUGUGCGCAAGUUCAUUGUGGAUUACUUCUUUGAGGAGAAGCAGAACCUCCGUUUUGACCUAUACGACGUGGACUCCAAGAGCCCGGAUUUAUCUAAACACGACUUCCUGGGCCAGGCCUUCUGUACCCUUGGAGAGAUCGUAGGGUCCUCUGGGAGCCGCCUGGAGAAGCCUCUCACGAUAGGCGCAUUCAGCCUCAACUCCCGGACAGGCAAGCCGAUGCCGGCUGUGUCUAACGGAAGUGGUCUUUGGAUGGAAAGCCUCAGAUCCACUGGUCCGGAAGCUUCCGGUGGUGUCCCAGGGAAGAAGUGUGGCUCCAUCAUCCUGUCUGCAGAGGAGCUGAGCAAUUGUAGGGAUGUGGCCACAAUGCAGUUCUGUGCCAACAAGCUGGACAAGAAAGAUUUCUUCGGGAAAUCCGACCCCUUCCUGGUGUUCUACAGGAGCAAUGAGGACGGAACCUGUGUGACCCAGGGCACGUUACGGCCCCCUCUCUGGGCCUAUAUUCUCAUCUACGAAAUGAAGCGGUUGGAUGAGGUGGUCUCCAUGGUCUCUUUAAGCAGCCGGUUCUGGGAUGCUACAGAAGGCGGAAGUGAUGAGGCCAGGAGGGUUAAUUGGAGAAAGGCGGCCAGGAAGAAAAUGGGUCCUUGGGUGGAGUGA